CACAAAUGAAUGGUUCAUCUGAGAGAAAUGAAGAGAGAGUUUUUACAGUGAUCAUCAGUAAUGUGAGUGUGAGAGAUGCUGGAGUUUACUGGUGUGGAGCAGAAACCAGAGACACAAAUUUGACUUUCAUCUCCCUGACCACUAAAAUUCAGCUCAUCGUGAUCACUAAAGUGGGCGUGUCUAGAGUGAGCGGCUACUCAGGAGGUGGUUUGAUGAUCAAGUGUGAACAUCCUCAAUACAAAACCAAGCCAAAAUACAUCUGUAAAAUAUCAGAUGGAUGUUCAGAGAGGAAGAAUCCAGGAGUUCAGGAUGAAUGGAUGGAGAAUGGAGAUGUUUCUUUAUAUGACGACACCAGAGCAGGAGUCUUGAUGGUGUUUUUUAGAGAACUGAAAGCUGCAGAUGCUGGAACAUACAGGUGUGGAGUGAAUGUAUCUCACUAUACUGAGAGAUUCACUGAACUUCAGCUGAACGUCAAACACAAUGCAACAUUUGUAACCAAAUCUGCUCAUCUUGGUGAAGAAAUAAACAUCACCUGUCAGAUCCCAGAGGAACAUGAAGUUCAUUUCUGCAAAGUGGAUGAUAAUCACAUCUGUCAAAACAUCAGCUCAUCUAAAGUGACACAAAUGAAUGGUUCAUCUGAGAGAAAUGAAGAGAGAGUUUUUACAGUGAUCAUCAGUAAUGUGAGUGUGAGAGAUGCUGGAGUUUACUGGUGUGGAGCAGAAACCAGAGACACAAAUUUGACUUUCAUCUCCCUGACCACUAAAAUUCAGCUCAACAUCAUUGUGGCUUUACUAGUAAGACAUGAAGGAGAAUCUGCUGAGAUCAUCUGCCCUUAUGAUUCAAUCAAUAAAUCAAAGUCAAAGUCUCUCUGUAAGGGGAAGUGCUCCACUAGAGACAGAAAUACUCUCAAUGAGACUGUGAGAGAAGAGAAAGAGACCAAGACUGACAGAUUGACUCUGAAUGAUGACGUCACUGCAAGUGUCUUCACUGGGACCAUCACUGGACUGACAGCAGAGGAUGCUGGGAAAUACUGGUGUGCAGUGACAUUAAAAAGAGACUUCAGUUAUCUUUACACUCAUCUGAUCGUCAUCAUGAACGAGGAGCUGAACUUGACUAAGUAUGAAGGAGACGACGUGUCAAUCCAGUGCAAACAUCAGGAUGAAGAUCAGAAAAGAUUCUGCAAAGCACAUGAAGCCUCCAUGUGUGUGAAGGAUGGAGUUUCAUUGGAGACGAUCAGAGAUGAUCGAUUCUCUUUCAGUGAUGAAGCAUCUACUGGAGUCUUUACUGUGAACAUCACUGAUCUGAGAGAAGAGGAUUCUGGGAUAUACUGGUGUGGAGCUCAUGUCAUCACGAAAGUUAAUCUAGAAGUCAAAAAAAUGUUUCUGACAGAAUCAUCAUCUCUUGGGUUUGUGUGACUCUACUGCUGAUGGGAGUGUCAGUCCUGUUAUUAUACAAAUUAGGAUACAUCAAGACACGAGAUCAGCACUCUUCCACAGGCAGGACAGAGAUGGGUGGUGGAGAGGCCUUUCAUGUACCAAGUGACUAUGAGAAUAUCAGAAACGUCAGACAGCGUUUAGUCCCAAAAACUGAGGAAAGUGUGUUAUAUUCCACUGUUACUCAUCCCUCAGACUCAUCUGAUCCACACGACAUGUUGUAUUCUACUGUACAGUUACCCACAAACCCCUCUGAUGGGCUUCUGUACGCUACGGUCCGUUUCCAGAAGCAUGAAGAGUCUCUCAGUGACACUAAAGUAACCUUCAAUAACGAGGAGAUUUAUUGUCAUUACAGCACGGUCAGUCCCCGCAUGUCACUCAGCUAGUUCCACUCUUAAAAAUAAAGUUUUCAAAAGGGGCAUUUUUUGCAGAGAUGCCAUAGAUAUGCACAUUUAUGCCAAGGAAACCUUUUAGUGAACUGUUCUUAAAAGAACUGUUUUUCUUAGUGUGAAGAACAUUUUAAAAAUCAUGAGAAUCUGUCAUAUAACCUUUUCAUAGAACCUUCAAUGCCAGUAAAGGAAUGCCUUGGAAUCUGGUCGCAAGUAGGCUUACAAUGACAAUUAAAUGUGUACAGUGACUCCUAAAAUUAUCUAGACACAUGAAAAUGCAUUUCACUAGAUAUAACAUUUUAUAUCAAAUACCAUUUAUUGUAAAGAAAGGCAGAAUAACUAUAAGUACUGUGUGACUU